GGAAUAGACCCGCGCAUGCUCAGUGCUCAUUGGACAAACCCCGCCUCCUCUCCGUGUCGAACGGCGUAUGAUUGGCCGAGCCGCCCUGUCCUCGCGGAGCGGGGCGGGGGGCGGGGUCAGUCUGAUCUGCGGGUAAUCCGACAGGGGGAUUGUUGUGAAGUCGGCGGAGAGUCGGAGCAGGAGCGGAGUGUGACUCACUCACUUUCUUAUCAGAACACCGCUCGCGGACAGAAAGGACUGCUUACAGGUGCAGCGUGGCGGCGGUUUGAACACGAGACUCCGACUUCAGCGGUGAGAGUUGAGUUGUGCGAGACGCGGAGGUCGACGGGGGGCGGUGCGCCGAGGGCUCAACAUGGAUGUCCGGGGAGCAGCGGCGCGGCUCUGAGGAAGAGCCAGGGCCGUGUGCUGGCUUCGUCUCCGCUCCGUCACCUUGUCCCGCGGAGUCCAGGAGGAGGCGAGUUUAAACGCAGGAGCCCGUUUUGCCAGAUGUUGAGGCUGUGGAGGCGAGACGUGCCACUCUCAGAGAGGCUGGGAGAAGACUCUCCGUUGGCCGCUGCGCCCAGCCCAGCACCCACAGACGCUCCAAUGGGCCCCAACAUCUCAUGGCUCCCGGAAGCCCCGCGGCUGAACUCGGAGCCGCCCAUCUUCCUCAUGACUCCCGCAGCACAGGCUGUGUCUGGCUUCUUUGUGUGGACCGCGCUCAUCCUCACCUGUCACCAGAUCUACAUGCAUCUACGCUUUUACAGCUCGCCAAGGGAGCAGCGCCACAUUGUGAGGAUCCUCUUCAUCGUGCCUAUCUACGCCUUUGACUCCUGGCUCAGCCUCCUCUUCUUCACCAAUGACCAGUACUACAUGUACUUUGACACCGUCAGGGACUGCUAUGAGGCAUUUGUGAUUUACAACUUCCUGAGUCUGUGCUACGAGUACCUGGGAGGAGAGAGCGCCAUCAUGGCUGAGAUCCGAGGGAAACCCAUCGAGUCCAGCUGCAUGUACGGUACCUGCUGUCUGAGGGGAAAGGCCUACUCCAUCGGCUUCCUGCGCUUCUGCAAGCAGGCCACUCUGCAGUUCUGCGUGGUCAAGCCGCUCAUGGCCGUCAUCACUGUCGUGCUGCAGGCCUACGGCAAAUACAAGGACGGAGACUUCAACGUUGCCACUGGUUACUUGUAUGUAGCCAUCAUCAACAACAUCUCAGUCAGCUUGUCUCUGUACGCCCUCUUCCUCUUCUACUUUUCCACGAGGGAGCUGCUCAGCCCGUACAGCCCCAUGCUCAAGUUCCUCAUGGUCAAGUCGGUCAUCUUCCUCUCCUUCUGGCAGGGCAUGUUGCUGGCCAUCCUGGAGAAGUGCGGGGCCAUUCCCCAGAUCAACUCCCUGGAGGUGUCCGUCGGCGAGGGCACAGUCGCCGCCGGUUACCAGAACUUCAUCAUCUGCGUUGAGAUGUUUUUCGCGGCGCUUGCUCUGCGACACGCCUUCACGUACAAUGUCUACAUGGACAAAAGUCUUGAUUCACAAGGCCGCUGUGCCCCCAUGAAGAGCAUCUCCAGCAGCCUGAAGGAGACGAUGAACCCAGGCGACAUGGUCCAGGACGCCAUCCACAACUUCUCCCCUGCCUACCAGCAGUACACCCAGCAGUCCACGCUAGAGCAGGGGGCACCGCCGGCCGUCUCCCGUACCCACAGUGUCGUCAGCGCCCGCGGAGACACAGAGAAGACCCUCCUGCUCAGCUCCGAUGACGAAUUUUAAAGCGGAAAACACACACACACGCAAUACUUGAUCUUAUUCAGACUGACGUUUUUAAGAUAAGAUAAGAUGGAACUUUAUUUGUCCCAAGCCGGAGAAAAUUACUCACAGAAAUGUAAUGGCGGGUGGCUCUGAGUCCUCCUGUGCAGCUGGUCCUCUGAAACGUGUGCUUGAUUUUUAGAGUUUUGUGUUUGUUUUUCCUGUUUUUUUUUUUGAGACUGCUCAUGAAUGCGAGGACCCAUUCCUGUUCCCCCGCACUUCCCAAGCAUUAUAUUUGGUCAGAACACUCUGAGCUGAUUCUGUGUUUACUUUCUGGCCAGUGCGUUUAACAGGGUUGUUCCUGAGUCAUACUUGUAUAAACUGAAUACAUCUGACCCAACAACAGAAGCUCGGAGAGAAGUUUAACUUUA